AUGACCUCCCUCCGCCUCAAUCAAUCGAACCGCCGCUUAUACCACCGCCUCGCCAACCCUCUUCCCUCCCGCGUUCUCCUCACCUCCCACCUCACCCCAUCCAUCCACCUCCGACCUCUAUCCACACACCCCUUGAGGCCACCACCCCUGGCAAACCCGUCUUCCCUCCAGCAAAUCCCACCAUCGAGAAGACGGUUCUCCACCGGAAAAUCCCAAGCGGACCUCCUCGUCGAAGAACUCCAAGAACUCUACGAAACCGCCACGGACGAAUUCGAAAUCGCAACGGACAGCACCGCCAACUCCACCAUCUACGCCGCCUCGGACCGCGAGUCCGCGCGCGACGCCCUCAACCAGCUGGCUGCCGUGUACUCGCUCUACACGACCGAGCUCGCGGCGAUGGCGGAGUCGCAUGCGCCGCAGCAGACGCAGCAGAGCGAUAGCGAUGACCGAGGGCAGCUGGUGAAUACCAAGUUUGAUCCCUCGGAUAUCCCGUCCGGUGUGCGGGAGGAGGUGCGCAGACGGGUUGGGCAGCGGGUGAGGGAGUUGAGUAAUGCUGUGGAGGCUUUGGAGGAGAGGGCGCAUGCGGAGUAA